UAUAGAAAAAGGCAUUACUUUUAUAUAACCAUCAACCAUAAUUCAUUUCGAUAGACAGUCGCUCACUGAUCUUCGAUCUGAUCGCACGUAAUUCACACUUUCUCGUUUUUGAACGUCAAGAAAUGGGUGCGUUAAUCAGAUGUGCGAUUGUUUUGUUAACAGUCGCCACUAUAGUCGAUUUUAGGGUCUUGACCAGAGCGAUGUCUACCGUAGCGAGGUCCUUCGAGGCCAGCCAAGUGGUGCCUGAUGUUAUACCAAAAGCGCCGGCCGCUUUGUUGCAGGUGAAAUACCCAAGCGGAGUUGAAGUUGAAGAAGGCAAUGAGCUGACUCCAACUCAGGUGAAAGACGAGCCUUCAGUGAAAUGGGACGCGGAGCCAGGGCAGUACUACACUCUGGCCAUGGUCGACCCUGACGUGCCGUCCCGUAAGCUGCCCAUAAAUCGUGAAUUGCAACACUGGCUGGUUGGCAACAUCCAGGGCAAUGAGGUAUGCUCCGGCGAAACUCUGUCCCAAUACCUGGGCGCCGCACCUCCGAUAGCGACUGGCCUGCACAGAUACGUGUUCCUCUUGUACAAACAACCAUCGAAGCUCACAUUUGACGAGCCGAGACUCCCUAACAUUUCGACCGUCAAACGAAUCAAUUUCAAAAUUGCCGAGUUCGCCAUGAAGUACAACCUAGGGGUUCCGAUUGCGGGCAACUUCUUCGUGGCCCAGUUUGACGUCCCUAUUCUGAACAACCAACUCGGUGUUUAAAUACGCAUUUUCACGAUUAUCUGUGUCGAUACGAUACGACAAGGAUUCUCACUUUAUUUUCAAAGAUUCAAUUGAUCAAGGGAACAUAAUAAAUACCUACUGUAUACUUUUUUAUAUCUCAUAUGUUAUAGUUAAAAUUGCUACAAAUAACUUCUUAAAAAUCUGGAUAUUAUUAUACUAUAUUUGGCAGUACUGUGCUCACAUUACUAUAACUGUUAGCUAUUAAAGUAUUUCUUAGAUGCAUGUAAAUCCGUGUCGUAUCGUACCAUACAAAAACAAUUCAGCGUCAAUUUAUAACUUUCGUUAUAGAAAUGGGAGAAAAAAAUCAUUGGAUUCGGUGACCAGUUUUGCAUUGUAAUAAAUUUAAACGAAAUAAAAGUGUUUGGAGAUUUCUAGAAAUUACAUGAAUUCUAAAGUU